AUGGGCAAAUUGAUGCAGACGUUUUUAUGCGACAACUUCUACAAUGAUGGUAUACCUUCGGACCCAUCGUUGCCGCUAGGAAGCUACAUUGAUGUUGAGUUGGAUGUUAGGGUAGAGAUCACCACAUCAAACAACAGUGAUGUACCUAAUGAAGGGAAGGUGUUUGAUGUAACUCGGAGUAAGUUGCAGAUUAAGAGAAAGAUUAUCCCCAUAUGUCGAGUGAAUCCAGAUAGGCUGAAAUGGUUGCCAAAUAAUUGGACAUUUGAAACAAAAGUCCGUACCGGUGGACUCAGUGUAGGACAAAAAGAUAGAUAUUAUUUUGAACUGGUGUCCGGGAGUAAAUUCAGGUCAAAGCCUCAAGUGGAUGAUUUCCUGAAAACAGGUCGCAAGAGGAAAAAACAUGACCCUAACUGUGAUGCUGCUACACCAUCUGAGGGAAAAAAAUAG